AUGAGAGGAAGAUCUAUUCAUAAUUAGCAGCCUUUUUAAAUGAGAUCUCCAUAAAGAGCAAUAUCACCAGUUAUACAAAUUGUUCCAUAAGUCCCUUAAACUAUAAAUUUAGAUAUUGUUAUAAAUCUAAAAAUGGAAAAAGUUUUGAUGAGUUUUGAAAUACAAAGAUUAAAUUCUGUUUUAUUAGAUGUAGAAAAAAAGAGAAUAGCAAUGAAAAAUUAGAAGUAUAUUAAAAAUAUGAGAUUUAAGUUAAAAACUGUAAGAAAGAGAGCAGAUUCUGCUACUUGAAAUAUAAAAUCAGAAAUAAUAAAUAAACGAUUUAUAACAAAAAGAAAAAACUAACAGAGAUAAAUAAUAUUAGCUUUAAAGAGUAAAUUUUGCAUUAAUUUUCAGGAUCAGUUAAUGAGCGAUGAAUUAAAAAAAUUGCAAGAAGAAAAUAUAUUAUUAGAAUAAAAACUGUCCUAUUUACUAGAAGUUAAUCAAUAAUAAAGCAAAAAUGAUAAUAUAAUAUUUAAUAAAUCAGGAAGAAUCUAAGGAGUAAAUGAGAAUAUAUUACCUUAAAAUUUACAAAGUGCUUUUGACAAUUUACAGAACAAUAUAAUGUAAUUUAGAAAGGGGAAUAUGUUAUAAAAUAAAUAUGCAAAUGCUUUAACGAUGUUAUCUGAAUUAAUGAAUUCUCAUCAUAAAUUAAUUAAAAAAUAUGAAAAUAAAGAUGAUAACAAUGAAGUUGAAUUACAAUAAAUCUAAAUUUAUUUAACCUCAUUAAAUUAAGAUUUAGAAGCAUUAAAAUAAUAUGAAACACCAAAGGCAGUGAGAAGAAUGUUAAAUAAUUAAAGUCCUACAAAAGGAAGGUCUUUAUCUCCUUCAAUGAGUGCUGGUGAAGUUUUCGCAAAAAUUAUAAGUCACAUUGAGCAUCUCUAAUUAGAUGGCAAUAAUAUUCCAGCUAUUAUAAAAUAAAUUUCUUUAUUAAAUUCUUUAGUUAGAUUGAAGAAUCAAGAUUUAAAACUUAUUGGAACUAAUAAUAAAUUGAGAUCUUCUCCAAUCCGAUAUUCUGCUGAAAGAUUAAAUGCUAGUGUGAGAGUUUUAACCCCAGUCAAAUAUGUUAGUCCAAUAAGGAUUUCUCCAAUUAGAAGUCAUACAUUUCAUACUACUGUUGGUAUUCCUUAAAAAAUUUCAAUUAUUCAACCUAACAAAUAAGAUUCAACUUAAAAUUAAUAAAGGUAAGGAUUUAUUGAAAAAAAGAGAGAUGAUUUAAAAAACAUUUUAAAUAAAGUUAGAUAAGGUCAAGAGAAUACUAAUAGAUUAGAAAAUGAGAAAUAAAUUAAUUAGGAAGAAUAAUUUUGGAAAUAAAAAUAUGAAGAAGAAAUAGAAAAAUAAAAAAGAGGGUUACCAUUAGAAAGUCCAGAAUAUUAAUUGUUGGAAUAAAUUAGAGAGAAUUAAGAAUUAUCUUAAUAAAUUAACUUAAUGAAAAAUGAUUUCCUUUAAUAAGAAUUAUAUAAUGAAUUAGAAUUAAAAAAGAAAUAGACUUAAAAUAAUAAGUUAAUAGAAUCUUAGGGUUAAUAAUAAUAAUAAUAUUAAAAUUUAAAGAAUUAAAUUGAAGAUCUUUUAUAAAAGGAUAUAGAAAAUGAAAAAUCUAAAUAAGAUAUGUUAAUUAAAUUACAAUUAAAUGAUAAAGAAAUAUAAAGAUUAAAAAAUACAAUAAAUUAAUAAUCAUUAAAACCUUAUUAAUAGGAUAAUUUCUAAAUUCAACUUUGUGAGCCUCUUUUAAUUGAAAAAAAUAAGAAGAAAGAAGAAAAUGAAGAUUAAUUAAAAGAGAAAAAUUUAGAACUUCAAGAAAAAGUUAUUGAACUUUAAGAUGAAUUAAAUAAAAUUAAUUCAGAAUCUAACAAAAUAAGAAAAAAUUAUACAUAAUAAGAGAUUGUUGAUCCUGAAAAAGCUAUUAAAAUUAGUUAAUUAGAAUAAGAGAAUUAAAAAUUGAAAGUAUAAUUAAAGGAAAAUGAAUUAUAAAGAAAGGAUGAUCUUAAAGAAUUUUAAGAGAUGAUUGGAAAUGGAAUCACAUAAUAAAAGGUUGUAGAUCUUAUAGCUGAAAAAUAAAAAAUUUAAGAGAACUUUAGAGUUUUAUAGAAUAAGGUCGAUGUUUUGUAAUAAAAUUAAAUUAAAUUAUAAAGUGAAUUAUAGAGUAAGAAUAAAGAGUUAAAAGAAUUAGAAUAAUAUUAGGGCGAAUAAAAUAAACCUUAGAUAUAAGAUUAAAUGUAUUUGAUAGAUUAAAUAAAUAAUUUACAAGCAUAAUUAUUAUAAGCUAAAAAAUAAUAUUAAGAGUUAUUAGAAACUUCAUAAUAAAAUUCAAGUCCAAAUGGAUUGAAAGAGAAAAUAUUAUAAUAAUAAGCUUUAAUUCAUGAAUAAGAAAAUUAAAUUAAUUAUUUAUCUGAUAAAAUUGAAUAGGAAAUUCCUAUUUUAGAAGGACAGUUAGCAGCUGGAAAUUAGAAAUUAUAAAUUGCAGAGAAUAAUAUUAUUAUUUAAGAUAAGAGAUAUAAUGAAUUAUUAAAUAGUAAGUAAAAUCUCUUGAAUCAAGAUUAAUAAAUACUUAAUGAUGAUAUGAAAAAACUUAUUGAGAAAAACUAAGAACUUGAUUUAUAAUUAUAAUAAAAUAAUAGAAGAUAGGAAGUUCAAUAAGAUAUACAAGAAUAAUUGUAAGAAGAAAUAAAUGAAAAAGUUAGAGAAUAUAAUUUGUCUUAGUAAAUACAAUAAAUUCAAUAAGAUUAGAUAAAAGAUUAGUAAUCUAAAAUUAAUAAAAUGAUAGAAAAAGAACAAUAAUUAAUGAAAGAAAUAUAAGAUUUAAAAAUUAAGUUAAAUUAACAAAAUGAUGUAAAUGAUGAUAAUAAAUAAGAAGAUAAUUAAAAUUAAUAAAAUGAAAUUAUAUAAAUUUAAGAUAUUGAUUCUAAUCUUAAAAUUAAAUAGUUAUAAGAAGAAUUAAAUAAAAUGAUUGAUGAGAAUAAGUUGAAAGAAAAUCAAUAUUAAAUACUAGAAAAUUUAAAACCUGAAAAUGAAGAAUUGAGAACAAAACAAACUUAAUUAUAUUAUCAGAUUGUACAAUUAUAAAAUUAAAUUCAUAAUUUAGAAUCUGUUAGACCUUCAAAAUAAUAGGAUAUUGAUUAAAAGUUAACAUUUGAGACUGACCCAGAAAAAACUUUAGCUAUUAGUUAAUUACAAUAACAAAAUUAAUAAUUAAGAAAUUAAUUAUAAGAAGCUAAUAAUCAACGUAAUGAUGAUUUAUAAAAGUUCAAAGAAAUAAUAGAAAAUGGAGCAAAUUAAUAAAAUAUAAUAGAACUCUUUUAAUCCAAAUAAAAUUUAGAAUAACAGUUGAGAAAUCUAUAAAAUUAAUUAGAUAAUGCAUUAUAAGAAUAAAUUAUUAUUUAAGGUUAAUUAGUUUAAAAAAAUAAAUAAUUCUCUGAAUUUUGCUCAAAUUAUAAUGAAGAAGAUUUUAAAAAAUAAUUAGAAGAUUAAAAUUAAAUUAUUUAAGAAUAUCAAGAUAAACUUUUAUAAUCUAAAUAGUAAUAUUAAGAACUUUUGGAUUUAACCUCUUAAAAUUUAACUCCUAAUGGAUAAAAGGAAAAGUUAUUAUAAUAAGCAAAUCAAAUACAUGAGUAAUAAGAGGAAAUAUAAUUGAUGCAUCAUUAAUUGGAUAAUGAAGUUCCAAAAUUGCAAGGAGCUUUAGCUGAAUAUAAAUAAAAACACAACGAUUCAUAAGCAGAAAUACAAUUAUUAAUGGAAAGAUAUCAAAACUUAUUAACUCAAAGAUCCAAAUUACAAUAAUAAGAUUAAAUUAAUGAUUAAAGUUAUUCAACAAAAAAUAAUAAUAAUUUAUAAGAUACAAAUUUAUCUGCAUAAAAAUAUGAUGAUAAAAAUGAUUAAACUAAUAUAUCAGAUUAUCAUGAUGAUUUAAAUAGAAAAAAUAUUUUACAAGAAUAAGAAAUAGCAUUAAUGCUUAAAUAAUAAGAGAAGAUCUAAACUUAAUUAGAGGAUUAAAAAAAAUAAAUUACUUUAAAAGAUUAGGAAAUUUUAAACUUAAAAAACAAAUUUGCUGAAGGAAAUAUUGAGUUUUGGAAAGAAGAGUAUACAAAAUUAGCAACACAGGAAAAUAAUUAAAAUUAAGUUUAAGGUUGUCCAUAAUAAAAUUUGAUUUUUGAUCUCUAACAAAAAAAUUAAAAAUUAAUUAAUUAAAUUACAGAAAUUGAAGAAGAAAGAAAAGAAGAUUUAAAAAAAAUUCAAUAGAUUUUAGAUAAUGAUGGUUCUCAUGAUAAUUAAAUUGUUUAAUUAUUCUCUGAAAAUCAACAACUUUAAUCAUCUAAGAGAUAAAUGUAAAAUUAAAUAGAUGAUCUAUUAUUGUAAUUAAAAGAUAUAAAAGAUCUUUAAGAUAGUAAAAUUGUUUCAAAUUUAGCUAAUUAGAUCUUACAAUUAUAGAAUUAAAAUUAACUAUUAUCUAAAUAAUUAUAACAAUCAAAAGAAUAAUAUAAUUAACUUUAAGAAUAAUCAUUAGCUAAUUUAACUCCUAAUGGUUUAUAAGAAAAGCUUCUGCAAAAUACAUAAAUUAUUCAUUAACAAUAAGAAUAAAUAUUAGUCUUAAAAAAUCAAAUUUAAAAUGAUAUACCCCAGGUUACUCAAUAAUUUUAAGAAGCAGAUUAAAAUUUUAAAAAAGCACUUGAUGAAAGUAAAAAUUGGAAAGAAAAAUAUUUAAAUCUAUUAGAGAUUAAGUAAGAAAUCCCUCAAGUAUAAAUUGAUGAUAAUAUUAUUAAAGAAAUGAAUUUAGAAGAAACUUAAGAAUAUUUAUAAAAAUUAAUAAAGAAUUACUAAAAAGCUAAUGAAUUAGAAUAGCAAGCCUAAAUUAUAAUAAAUGAAUAAAAAAAAUUGAUCAAUUAAUAUGAAAAUUAAAUAGAAAAAUAACAUUAAUAAAAUUUAGAUAUCUUAAAAGAAAAUGCCAUAUUAAGUAAAUUAAUAGAAACAUAAAAUAUUCAAAUAGAAAAAUUAAACAAUUCUAAAUAAGCUUAAUAUUAAGACAUAUCAAAUAGUUGUCCAAAUUAAGAGAAUAUAAUAAAAUAAUUUUUGUAAAUAGAUGAAAAAAUUUAAGUAGAUAGUGUUAAUGAACUUAAAAAUCAAAAUAAUUUAUUACAAAAAUAAUUAAAUAAUUAAUUAGAAGAUCUAAAAUUGACAAAAAUUUAAUACUAAGAAUAGCUGCUCUAAGCUCAAAACUAAAUAAAUGAUUUAUUGAAUAGUUAAGUUCCUAAACCUAUUGAAACAUAAGAGUCCAUUUAAUUUUAAGUUGACCCUUAAAAAGCUUUAUAAUUCAGCUAAUUAAAAUAAUAAAAUUAAUCUUUAAAUUAAUAAAUUGAAGAGUUAGAGUAAACUCGAAAGAAAGAUCUACAAAAGUUCCAAGACAUGAUUGAGAAUGGAAUAAAUGAAAGUUAAAUUUUAAGUUUAAUAAAAGAAAAAUAAUAAUUGUAAUCAGAAUUAAGAUAUUUAUAAAAUAAAUUUGAUAAUCUUUAAUAAGAAUAGUUAAUUUUAUAAAGUUAAUUGACUUAGAAAACAAAAUAAUUAAUUGAUAUUCAUGAUUAAAUUAAAAUAGAAGAAACUAAAUAAGUAUAAAUAUAACUAUAAAAUGAAAAUGAUCUUUUAAAAAAAUAAUUGGAUAAAAUUAAAGAUUAAUAUGAAGAAUUAUUAUAAUUACAAUCUGAAAAUUUAACACCAAAUGGUUUAAAAGAGAAAAUAUUAUAGUAAACCUAAUACAUUCAUGAUUUAGAGGAAUAAAUUUAAAAUUUAUAACAUUAAGUAGAAACUUAAAUUCCUUAACUUUCUGGUGAAAUAAUAGAAUUAAAAUUAAAGUUAAAAAAUGCAAUAUCAGAUGCUCAAUUAUGGAAUAGUAAAUAUAAUGAAAUCAUAUAAAUAUAAUAGGAAAGAUCUGAAGAUUAAAUUGAAAAACUAUAAUUAUAGAUAACUGAAAAGGAUGAAAAAAUUGAGUAAUAAAAAUAAAAAUUCGAUCAAUUAUUUUAAGAAUAGAUUAAUUAAUUAUCUCCAUCUUCAGCAUAAGCCAAACUUCUAAAAGCAUAUUAAUAAAUUAUUGAUUUGGAAGAGUAAUUUUAAACAUCUGAAAAUUUGAAAAAUUAAUAUUAAAGAUAGCUUUUAAAUUCUAAUUAAUCUAAUGAAAUAUUAGAAGAGUUAUAAAAUCUUAAAUAAAAACUUGAAAUGCAAGAGAAAGUUGAUUAAAUUUAAAAUUAAUAGAUUUUGUUUUACAAAGAAUAACUUUCUUAAUAAAAUCAAACAUCUUCUAAUUAAUAAAUAAUAGAUCAACUUGAAAAUGAGAAAUAGAAAUCAAUAUUCUGGAAAUAAUAAUAUACUGAAAUGGUUAAAUAAAAAGAACCUUAAGAAGAUUUAAAUGAUAUUAUAAAAUAAAAAGAAGGUGAAUUAGUUUAAUAAUUUAAAUAACCCCAAGAUUAAAAUGCUUAAAAGUAUAUUAAUGAGAUAGAAGAUUUAAAAAAAUAAAAUAUUUAUCUUUAAUAAUUAAUAAUUAAUAAACAAAGUAAGUUAAAAACUUAAGAAUAAAAAGAAUAAUAGUAUUCUUAUGAUUAAGAUAUAUAAAGUCUUGGAUAAGAAAAUUAAGCUUUGACUAAAUAAGUGGAAGAAUUGAAAAAAAUAAAUUAAGAGUAAUAUUUUAAUUAUAUACUAGUAUUAUUUAAUAAAUGAAUAAAGCUUUAAGUGGGGAUGAUAAGACAUAAUUAAUAUCAGAAUUACUUUAGAAAAAUACCUUUUUAAGUUUAGCUAACUCUAAACUUUUAAUUGAUUUGGAAGCCAAUUAAAAGGAACUAUUUAAAUAGAAUUAGUAAUAAUAACAAUAAGAUAAUAAUAUUGAAAGAACUGAAAUACCUUAUGAUAAAUAAAGAAUUACAGAGUUAUAAAAUUAAAUUGAAUUAUCAGGAUAAUAAAUAGAUUUUUGGAAAUAAAAAUAUUAAUCAGUUUUAAAUGAUUUUAGUUAAUAACAUUCACCUACAAGUUUGUAGAAAUAAUUAGUUGAUUAAAUUUCUUAAAUUCAUCAAUAAGAAGAAGCACUUUUUGUACUAUAAUAGACAACUGAUAAAGUUAAAAUAUAGAAUGAAAAUUAGAUUAGUUAACUUUAAAGAGAAAUUGAGAUUAUGAAAACUUAAAUUGAUUAUUUAUAAAAAAAGUUAGUGGAUGAAUAAAAUAUUUAUUAAUAGUUAUAUCAAUAAAAGGUUUUAUAAUAAUAGUUAAAUGAAAAAUAAAUAAAAUUUUGGAAAGAUAAAUAUGAAGAUAAUUUAAAAAAUAAUCAUGAAAAUUCUGAAAAAGUUUAAGAUAUUUUAAAAUAAGAUGAAGAAGAAAUUAAAAAUUUAAAUGUUGAUAAAGAUUUGACUUAAAUUAAUAUUAAUUUUGAAUUAAUUGAUAGAUUAAGAAUAGAAAAUUAAAAAUCUUAAAAUGAAAUUAAUUUAUAUAAAAAGAGAGUAUUAGAACUUGAAUAAUAACAAUAGAAGAUUGAACCAAGUUAAUAAGAUACAAUAUAAUCAAGAUAAUAUUAAAUUACAUAAAUGGAGAGAGAUUUAUAAAAAGCCAUUUAAAAUUAAGAAUUUUGGUAAUAGAAAUAUAAUGAUGUUGUUUAAUAAAAUAUUAACAAAGAAAUUGGUUAAUAAGGAGAUGUUUAAAAUUCUGCAAGUUAUUGGAGAUAAAAAUAUGAUUAAGCAGAAUAGAGUAGAUAAGAAUUAAUUUAAAAAAUAAUUGAAAAAGAAAAAUAAUUAGAAUAGAAUAUGCAAUCUUUUUAAUCAAUGCUUAAAGAUGAAUUAAAAGAAGAAUUAACAAAAAUUAGAUUCUAAGAAAAAUAGAAAAUACCAGAAUAAUCAACUAAUGAAUCUAAUUUAAUAUAAAAAUUAAAAGAAUAACAUGAAAAUGAAAAAUAAUAAUUAAUAUAAGAAUUUUUAAGAAGAAUUGAUUAAUUAUUAAUUAGUAAUGUAUAAAAAUAUCCAGAAGGUGAAAAUUGGAAAGAACUUAUUCUAAAAUAUGAAAAAUAACGUUAAAAUGAACUUUAUGAAUUGAAAUAAUAAUUAUAGAUUUUAUAAAGAUCAUAAAUACAAACUCAGGAUAUUGAAUUUUAUGCUGAGAGAAGAGUUUAUGAAAAUACAAUAAAUGAACUCAAAAGCAGAAUUUAAUAUGAUGAUUAAUAAGAACUUUUUGAUACAAUAGAAUAUUAAAGAAAAGUAAUUUAAGGUCUAGAAGAUUAGAUAUAAUUCUUAUCAAAUUAAAGAUUGCAUUUAAAUCAGCAUAUCUAAGAAUUAAACUAAGAAAUUGAUAUGCUUAGAGACAAUUUAUAAAAAUACUAACUUCAAUCUGAUAAUAGAAAAAAACAAAGACUUGAAGUAUUGGAUGCAAUAUCAGAGAUGAAAAGAGAAAGAACUAGAGAAAGAGAAUCAUAGAAAUCACCUUUUUAAUCUAUGAGACCUAGUCAAAAUAAAUAAUCUUAGGAUCGAUAUCCUCGUGAUUAUCUUAGGCCAUCAAAUAUAUCCUAAUCGUUUUCAUAAUUUAAGGAACAUAAUUCUCCAAUUUAAAGAAUUCCUUAUCCAUCAAUUUAAUUUAUAUCCUAAUAAUAAGAGAAUAGAGAUAUACCCUCAAAAUUACAAGAGUUGGAAGAAGUUAAGAAUAAAUACUAAACAGCAUUAAAUAAUAUACUAAAAUUAGAGACUUAAGUUGUUGAAAAGUUAUAGUAAGAUGAUAUAAUUAUUCAAUGA